AUGGGUCCUAAAGGCCCACUUUGGGAAGAGAUUUCAGUAGGAAUGACGAGGUUGGGUUACAAGAGGAAUUCCAAGAGAUGCAAGGAAAAAUGGGAGAUAUAUAUAGGUGUAUAUGGGAGGUGUGGGUUGCACUAUAAUGGAAGCAGAGGAAUCUCACGCUUGUUGGAGCAUAGUGGUCUCAUGUUUAUUGACCAUGAAUUAUCAGAAAAAGACAAAAAAAAAGAGCUUAAGGCUAAAACUCCUCCGUAUAGGACGGCAAACCUCGUUUGGGCCAUACAAUGCAUCAUUUUGAUCUUUAGUUGCAGGCCCAAUAUCAUUUUUGGCCCAACAGCAACUUUGCAGACCGUGGUUAUAUCAUCUAUCGAUUUAUUCGUCCUCCUUCAAGCUCAGAGGGCGACAGAUCCCGAAACCCCUUCACUAAACCCUAACUUGUGUGAGCUCUCUGAUUAUUCCGAUAUUUUGAUUGAAAUUGUUAGUUUUCUCUUCCAUUAA